AUGGACCUAGUGGGGGUCUGGCUCAUGGACCUAGUGGGGGUAUGGCUCAUGGACCUAGUGGGGGUAUGGCUCAUGGACCUAGUGGGGGUAUGGCUCAUGGACCUAGUGGGGGUCUGGCUCAUGGACCUAGCGGGGGUCUGGCUCAUGAACUUAGCCGGGGUCUGGCUCAUGGACCUAGCCGGGGUCUGGCUCAUGGACCUAGCCGGGGAAGACUCUGCCAUUACUCAUGUCCUAACCAACAUAAUGGGAUUCUUCGCGGAUGAGCUAGAGCUUGUCAAGAGGCCCGCAGUCAGACGCGAACGAAGAAACCUGGACUGA